AUGACUUCCACCGGCGGCCGCAGGAUGCCCGUGUUCUUUCUUGGUAUUGGCGGGCCAGGAUUUACAGACAAUGCUUCCCACCCAGCAAACGUCAAGCUAGAAGAGAUUGGGAAAGACAUCACCACUAAAAUCAAGCCGAAAGCAGUGGUUGUAUUCUCUGCGCAUUGGCAGGAAUCUCCGGGGAUCAAGAUUAACGCAGCCGAGCACACGGAUCUGAUUUACGACUUUUACGGGUUUCCACCUGAAUACUACCAAAUUGACUAUCCCAACAAGGGAAGUCCUGAGAUUGCUGAAAAAGUUGUCCAGAAACUGAAUGCUGCUGGGAUGAGGGUCGAAAAAACUAAAAGAGGUUUGGACCAUGGCAUAUGGGUUGGCUUCAUGGCCGUGUCACUCCUCGCCAAUGACGACGUGGAACAGCACUAUCGUAUAGGCGAAGCACUGGAAAGUCUUCGUGACGAAGGCAUCAUGAUAAUAGGCGCUGGGAUGGCAGUUCAUAACUUGUACGACUUCCGAUCAACAAUAGGAACUGGGAGAAACAUGCCCUUUGACGAAGCCUUGAAGGAGGCUGCGACAGCAAGCCCAGAAGAUCGACGGGAAGCUAUGGUGGCUUUGAUGAAGCGUACUGAUGCAAGGAAAGCACACCCUAGUGUGGAACAUCUACUGCCCGUCUUUGUCGCUGCCGGUGCAGCUGGCAAGGAUAGGGGAAUGCAACGCUGGACGCUUCCUGAAGGAAGUUUGAGCUGGGCGCAGUAUCAGUUUGGUGGGAUUUAA